CUACAGAUAUGGAGAAAUGCAGUGUUCUGAUGGAGGAGAUGGAGCAGAAAGAAGAGAAGUUUAAACUGUGCACCAAGGCUAAUCUGGGUCUGCUGGCCUGUACUCUGUUAUUGGCAGGAUGUGCAGCGGCUGUGCUACUGAUGAGAACUGGAACUCAGGGUCCACAGCAGCAAGAUGAUAUUAAAGCUCUGAGACUCUCUCUGAGGCAGACCAACGUCAGAGCAGCCAUUCAUUUAGAUGGUAAAUACACAGAGUCCUCCGCCUCAGUGGAGUGGAAGUUGAACGUAGACCAGUCGUACUACGGGGGUGGGCUGGCGCUGGAAAACAAUGAGAUCGUGGUCCCUCACAGCGGGCCCUACUUUGUGUACAGCCAGGCCUCGUACCGCGUGAACUGCAAAAGUGAGGAGGAGGAGGAUGAGGACGAGCCAGCCAGUUUGGUGCACCUCAGUCACACAGUGGAGCGCUUGUCAGACUCGUACGGAGCGAAGGACUCGGUGGAGCAUGACUACAGACCCAUCCUACAUGCUGUGAGGACGGCCUGCCAAAAACACCCGAAGCAGGGGCACUGGUUCUCCGGGAUCUAUGUGGGAGCCAUGUUUAAUCUGAUGACAGGGGAUCGUCUCCGUGUAAACCUGACAAAUGACCCCGAGAUCCUCGCCCAGCUGGAGGACGGGCAUGGGGACACCUUCUUCGGAGUGUUCGCUCUGUGAGGUUAGCCGGAGGGUCUGGUCUGGACUCAGGUCUAAGUGCGGGCUGGUGCUUAGGACUGGACAACGCGCAACCAUGACUCAGA